AUGUGGGUGUUGCUCGCGAAUUUGUGGCUCGAAUACGGACCCGCGCGGGCAGCCACCAGCGCAUUGCGCCGGCAGGCAAGGCGGGGCGCCAGGCGCGCCGAGAGUUCCGCCCGUGGGGGGGGAAGCAAGCGCGCGGGGAGCAGGGGAGUGGCAGCCGCGCGCCCAGCAGCGCAGAGGGAACGCGCGGGGAAGGGCGGGGCUGGCGGCAUGUCGGGCAGCGGGGGAUCGCUGGGCGGGAUAGGGGGAGGCGUGAGCAGCGGAUUCGUGGCGGGGGGAAGGCGGUGGGAGGAUCUGCGGAAAGAUGCGCUCCGAGUGGAGAGCGAGAUGGGCCAUCGUGUGACGGCCGACUCCAAGAUCGGCGCAUUGAAUGUCAUCGUGUGCCUCUCUCCUCCCCCACACGCCGUCCCUCCUCCCCCCCACUCGGUCCCUCCUCCCCCCCACUCGGUCCCUCCUCCCCCCCACCCGGUCCCUCCUCCCCACCAAGCUGGCGGCCUACUCCAAGCUGGGCGCCGCCUUCGCCUGUCGCCUCUUUCCCUCCGCCCUCCCCCUCCCCCGCCCCCCACGACCCCGCCCACCUUCCCCUGCCCCACGCCCCCUCUGCAGGCGCGGCGAGUGGAGAGCGAGGUGGACCACCGCCUAGCCGCCUACUCCAAGCUCGGCGCCGCCUUCGCGCUCGCCUCCUCCUCCACCGCCGCCGGUUCUCUGCCCGACCCCUCCGAGGCGCAGGUGAGACCCCUCCGAGGCGCAGGCGCAAGUGAGUCUGCCCGACCUCCCUGGGGCGCAGGUAGGUCCCCUGCUUCCUCUGUACCACCCCCCUCCCCCACCUCGCCUCGCCUCGCCUCCUCCUCCACCACUGCCGGCUUGCCGCGCGAUCUGUUCGAGGCACAGGAUGGUGCGCUGCUUCCCCUUCACCACCCCGCUCUUUUGAGAAUUCUCGAAAGUCACCCCCCUCCCUCCCCACGCCUCCUCCUCCUCCUCAUCCUCCUCCUCCUCCUCCUCCUCCUCCUCCGCUGCUUGCUUGCUGCCCGACCCUUCCGAGGCUCAGGUGGGUGCGCCGCUUCGUCUUCACCACCCUCCUCCCCCACCCCACCGCACCUCGCCUUCCACCGCUGCCGCCUCCCGUCGGCCCCCUUAGAGGCCUCCCGUCGGCCCCUUUAG